UGUCUACUUUCGAGUGAUCCGUGUUUUUUAUUGCGAUAGGUACUUCUGAAUUUUAAGCAAUAAAUAUGCCCCGUCUUUUGUGCACAUUGGAAUUAGCAACACUGAAAGGACGAUGGCGACACAUAUCAGUUCGCAGAUAAGUUGGUGACACUGUAUCUAGCUCCAAAACCAUACGUGUUUUUUGUCACGUGUCAAGGUCAAGUGUCGGCAUACAAUUUGUCUGUCAAAUGUCAGUUUAAUUUUUGACCUUUCAAGUUUCAACUUCAAGGAUUCUCGUGGUUCACAGGUUCAGUUUGUCACUUUUGUUGAUAGUGUGUGGUUGUGCGUUUGAUAAGCACUGUUAAAAUAAAAUUUCGUUUAUCAGUUAUCACUCAACUGAUAAUAAAUUUGGCGGAAGAUGUCUUCUAUGAUAGAAGAUAUAUGCGAACUUUUGGAUAGUUACAACGGUCGAGAUAAGGUGGUCCGUCUCGCAUGCUACACACUUAAACUCUAUGGGUGUUUGAAAGAAGAGAAAUCAUGGCAGGCAGCUGGCUCCCGCCUCUCUAACGCCAGGCUGAUGCUGAGACUGUUUGAUGAUAUACCGAUGAUUAGACAUUCCUACAAUUAUGGACUCGGUAAACAUGAGUCAUCAAAAAUAGCAGCAGUUCUGGGCGUGCUGGCAAAUAUAGUGGACCAGGUGUUCCUGCCAGUGGAGAAGGUGUGCUGGCUGCAUGAGGUGGGCGUCAUCAAACUAUCGCAGGCAACCGCCGACCGCCUGGAGGUGGUCAGUACAGCGUUGUGGGCUGCCGGCCUUUACUUAUCUCUGAUACAAACAAUCCGCUCAAUGCGUCAUCUGUGGUGGAGCAGGGACUGCCUUCAAUGCUCUGAAGACGGAGGCGAAGCCCGACGUAACGUAGACCUGCGCCUGUCGCUGCAGACUGUCACCUCUCUUAAGUUGGUGCUGGACAUCACCCACGCAGUCAGCUGCCUGCCCGCUGGCUGCCUCUGGGGCGAGAAGAUAGGGUCUACCAAAGUAGCAGCCAUCGCGACGACCUCAUCGCUCAUCGGUAUCGCACUGUAUUUCGCGAAGAAACGAUUGCUAAAAUAAUUAUAAGGUUAUGUAGUUGGAGAUUAUAGCAGGAAUGUGAUGUGGAGAACACUACUUGCCAGGGGCUUGCAACAUGACAAUUGACAACUGAAUGACAUUCUAUUGCCUGCCUGCCAUUAUGCUGUCAAACUAUCAAUGUCAGUAUAUUUUUGUAGUGUCGUAUAAUUCUCUAUGUCGAGUGCAUGUCUAUUCAUGUAAUGUGUCAUGUUUGAUACAUUUUUAAUAUGCAUCAUGAUCAGGGCCCAGAUAUUUAAAACUUAAUUUAAUGUUAUGCAUAAAAUAAUUGUGUCGUGAUGACAUACGGCACAGAAAGCGCAAUAUUGAGAUCUAUGCUCAGUUUCGUACCUGGUUUAAUUAGAAAUAAAAUGCAAAACCACAAUAACUGACACAGCCUUAAAACUCAUGUGGGUGCGGGCAGGUCCCAUAGACCGUAGAACGCAUGGAGCCGGAAGGAUCUGAAGUAGCUGCUAUGUAUUGAAGACGCAGUCUUGAUGGGUACAAAGGGGACUAAAAUUUAGGUACAUUUAGGUACAUUUAACUGACAGUUACCCAUUUAGAGUCCUAAAUUUAAAUUGCGUUAGUUAAAUAUGAAAAUUAUGUACUUAAAUAUAGAUACCGAAGCCAAACAAUUUGGCCGAAGUUAAAUUAUUUUAAUGUGAUAUGUAAUAAUAUAAUAUUAUUGUAUUAUAUCUUGAUAUAAAAUACUUAUUAAUGUGGCAACAAUACUGUAAGUAUUAUGAGGUUGUUCGAUGUACAAUAUUAUAGAGAUUUUGAAAUUAUAUACAGUAAUUUAUAUUUUAUAAUGUUAUGAUUAAUAUCAAUAUUAUAAUGUUUAAAUAUUAUUUUAACAUAUAUUUUUGGUGAGAACUUUUAGGUUAAUUGUGAAUAAUGUCCUAUAAUUAUCAUAACGAUGCGGAAAAAGCUAGGUUUGUGUUGUAUAUAAGGAAGGAUGAUGUAUUACGGGUAAUAUUAUUUGUAAAGUGAUUAUAUAUAAUGAACUAA